GUUUGAUGUAGUGGAAGAGUCCUUGUGUGGAUUGAUGUUUAUGAGGUGUGAUUAUGUCAGCAUAUACCGAAUGACCUGCCGCAUGUCGUGACAUUCUUCCCUACCAAGUCGCACCUUCGAUGUCUUUACAUUGUAUUGUGUCGAAGCGAGACAAAAGAUGAGUGCGGCUGAUUCCGAGGACGACGGCUGCCUCUCCCCUCCCCAGUCGCCCGGACCUGGCGGACCGCCGCUGUCGCCGUCUGCACGAGCUUUAAACUCUCAGUCACAUAUUUAUAAGAUAGUCAUACUCGGGGAAGGAGGCGUAGGGAAAAGCGCUCUGACAAUGCAGUUUGUCAGUCACAGUUUCCUCGACUUCCAUGACCCCACUAUAGAGGAUGCGUAUCAGAAGCAAGCACGUAUAGAUGGUGAACCGGCUCUGCUAGACAUUCUUGACACUGCUGGGCAGGUGGAAUUCACGGCGAUGCGAGACCAGUACAUGCGGGGUGGCGAGGGUUUCGUGCUGUGCUAUUCCAUCACCGAUCGACACAGCUACGACGAGAUCAUCGAGUACAAGAAGCAGAUCCAGAGGGUACAGCAUCGAGAGGACGUGCCCGUUGUCCUAGUCGGGAACAAGUACGACCUGCAGGAACACAUGCGUCAGGUGGCGGCGGACGAGGGCAAGGCGCUGGCGCAGCAGUGGGACUGCCCGUUCUACGAGACGUCGGCCGCGCUGCGUCACUUCGUCGAUGACGUCUUCCACGCGCUCGUGCGCGAGAUCCGCAAGCGGCGGCGCGCGGAGGUGCUCGCGCUCGAGCGCCGCAACAAGAAGAAGAACCGAGGCAAGCGCAUCAAGGCCAUGCUGACGGGCGUCUUCAAGAAGAGCGCCGACUCCGAGUCGGAGUCGUCUUCGAAGUGAGCUGCGGCGACAACGACGAUGACAACUGUGACUACGGCGAUGAUGGCGGCAACGAUGGUGGUGAUGAUGGUGACAACGGCAGCAGUGACGGCAACGACUGCUGCAGUGACGACGGUAACGAUGAUGGUGAAGACAGUGACGAUGGUGACAACGGCGAUGACAGCGGCAGUGACGGCAACGGCGGCUGCAAUGACGAUGACAACGAUGGUGACGACAGUGACGAGGGUGACAACGACGAUGACGGCGAUGUUUUCAAGCGGCAGCGGCGUCACGCUGCCCUGCCGACGACUGUCCCGUCAAUCACCUUCCGUCGUAAAGAUAAGUUAACGAGUUGUCAACCCGCUUGUGUUCGGCAAUCGCAGCCCUGUCCUUCCGUCGCUGUGAUUGCAAGACGGCGGCAUCGCUUCAGCGCGCUCGUACCUAAAUCUGUCCUAAUUUUUGGUCGCGUGGCGUUUCGCGGGGCCGUUUCGUAUGCAAGUUAGGAGGUAGUUAGGAUCACAGUUUGAGCGUAAUUAAGGCGCGUCACUAAUUGCAUCCGAGAUGCAACUCAGCGAACAAAUCACGGCGAGUAGCAGCAACAAAUUAGCAAGACUAAGGCAGCGAGCCACCGACGACGUGUGCUUCGUGAAUUUAUGUAAAUUGACCUUUCAGCAUACAUGCAAUUUAGCAGUAACCAUGGCAACACUUCUUUCAACUUGAAGGCGAGGUAUGCAAGAAGAGGUGGCUAUGGCUCGUUAUAGUCAGUGUGCACGGAUGGCACACAUAAGGUGUCCCCACUCACCUGACCCAUAGUAUAGGCAAAUCCGAACGGCUUAGGCUUUAAAAACAGUGCACCACUUCAGCAGUGCACGUUGGGUGCAUGAGAUAUACAAACAACGUCGCUUCUGACCUUUUGUCUGUCUGUAGUGGCGACGCGGCCAUUGUUUUUGUUGACGGUGCUUGUGUCUAGCUGGUUCUAGAAUGCACCACAAGUGUGUAGUAAAUCACACAGCGUGUGAACCAGGCUUACUCCAUCUUGUUCACUAGCGUUCGCUGUGGUCGUGUUUAAUUAAGCAGCCCAUCGACACCAUUAGUGAAUGAACAGCAUCAACAAAUCUCUGUGGCCCUUUAAAGAUGAUAAUCGGAGCAAAUCGGCAGUUUUGCUUGAUGCUCCAUUUUGGAUUCGGACCAAAUAGGUAACCGAGCAGCUGUUAGAAUUAUUCACGUCAGACGGAUUGUAAUAGUGAAGUGCAGGCAGUCCAUAUAUGAUAACGUAUACAGUGUGUCCUGCAUCCGUGUGAGUGACCCACGGUAAGUAUUACUCGAUAGUCACACGUGUGGCACUGAUCACUGAGUGAGACUGAUGGACGGACACCUUGUCACCCACGAGCGACAUCACGUAUAGUGUGAAUGUGUGCACACAGAGCACCGAGGCUAAUGUGAAAUAGAUUACAACACGAGUAUCUUUCACUUCUCACAUUCCGUCAUGCGAGAAACUCGAAAAUGUCAAGAUGGAACGUAUCCAGCGCGGCGUGAAGUCGGCAUGACGAGCUAAAAGGGUUUAGGUGUCUACUUACCUUUGUCGCAAAGCGAUUAAGAAGAUGAUUGUGCUUGGUGAGUGCCUCAGAUUCUGCCUGUGCGUUCUCGUGAAAGAGCCAUGGUUAUGUGAUUAGCAGGCAAUACCGGGGACUAUAAAAGCCUUGUCGACUGUCUAAAGCUAGUAAGGUUCAUGUGCAUUGAGCAAAGUAAUCCUGGUCUUCCGAGUUAAAAAAAAUACUAGCACGCAAUGAAUUCACAGCGUGCUUACAGCGCGUAAAAUAUAAUGGUGAAUGUCAUGGACACGUGAUUAGCUGGUAAUGCAUGAAUGAAAGGCAUGCUGGUCACGUUAUAAGCAUACGACAUCGCUAUAAGCAAUCAACAGGGGUGGUGGGUCGAAUACCCGACGUGGUCAACAGGUAAAUAUAGACCGCGCCGUUAAUCAGUUAACACAGGCAGCCAGGGUCUAUCGCUGUAGUCAACUGCUGAGCAGGCGCCUCCACCGUAUACUGUCGAGUGAUGUACAGAAUAGCUGAAGACAUUAUUGAGCAGUCGACAUAAACUCGUGGGGUUUCGCAUGCGAGAAAUUCUUUGUGUGUAUGUGUGUGUUUCAGAGAAGGCUAUUGAGUAUUGAUUCUCCGUUCACACUUUAAACGUAUGCAUGAGCGCAGCAUAGGUCAAAGUGUGUCCAACAUCAUUACACGUGUUGGCGUGUUAGAUGCGUUUUAUAGUAAAAAGGCCUCGCUGUAGAGGGAAUUUCAUGUGAAAGCGAGAAAUCCGAUAAAAGGAGUAUUAACGGAAAUUUGCUUCUAGAAUUUUGCGUUGAUGCCUAUUUUCACGCCUGACUACAAGUGUUUGCUGUUGCGGCAAUGUGAGAAAUAGGAGAUUAAAUAAAAAAAAAAGCAAGAAAAAUCCCGAGUCAUUGUUGUUAAAUAUUAGCACUGUACAGGCGUAUUGAUAUAAUUUUGUGAUGAUAUAAGCAAAUGCACGUAAACUGAACGAGACUGUUGAUAUUAUUAUGCUGUUAUAAUAUAUUAUAUGUAUUAUAUCUGUA